AAUAAAGAAAUAUUUCUACGCAGAAAAGGAAAUUGUUUACAAGUUUAUUAAUAUAUAAUACACAGGAUUGCUGACUAAUAUUUCUAUAUUCAUUCUUAUUCAUCUGGUCCAAAUUGCGAAAGUUUCUUUACUCUGUUCUCUAAAAAAUCGUAUUAUUUUGAUUACUCUGUUCGCUAAAAACUCGUAUUGAUCUUUCUUUUGCUUUGCAAAAAGAUGAUAAUUUGCAAUCCUUUCUUGAGACUCAUUCUCAAGCGUAAACCGAUCUCCAUGGUUUCUCCAACAAUGUUUCUCCUAUCGCCACCUAGCACUUCGUCGUCCAUCGGCCACACUAAUGGGAUGCUGCGAUCGCGAUCAGAAGAUAAUCUAAAGAAACUUGGCGACUGCAUGGAGAAUAUGGAUGAAGACGUCUCUAAACUCUUCAUCGAAUUCGAGCAAACUGAUCUCCGCGAAGAUCCCGACUUGUUCCGUCUUCUCAACCACUACUUCACCACUAGCAAAGGUGUUUCCCAGCUCUGCGAGUCUCUUAGAACAUGCUUGGAGAGAGCCGAGAACAACGAGUGUCUCUUAAUUGAUGAAGCACUAUCUGAUUUUGAGCAAGAAAAAUUGGGUUAUGGCGGGUUACUUCUCGAACAAGCUAGCUUCAGAAAAACCUUCCGAGAUCUGAGGAACUUCAAUGCCUUUUAUAACAAUGACGACGACGACUUGGAUUAUUGCGAAUUUCUCAGAAAAUUUCAGACCUGUCAUGAAGAGCUGGCGAAGAUGAUCGUUAAACUGGAGAAGACUAUGAAAGAAAUCGACAAAAAGCUGAGACGUGUUCGAGGACGAAGAGCAAUUGUUACCGCAGCUUUACUUGCUCCAGUAAUUGCUGCAAUCUUCCUGAGCAAACUCAUUGCCGGAUUAGUUCCUAUGGAGGGAUUGACUACAUUUGUAGCUUCAAGGUGGAGAAAAUCGACCGAAUCAUUGAAACGGGAGAAGACGGCCAUGAGUUCUAUGGAAAGAGGAACGACGGUUGCUCUCAAACAAGUUGAGAAAAUUAGUAAACUCGUGAGUCGAUUGGAUACUGUGGAGAGGUCGAUUCGUGUGACUGCGGAGUUUGCCGUUAAUAAAAGGUCUCCGUUGACUAUAGCUAUGGGAGAUGUGGAGGAGGAACGAAAGAGGUUGAAGUCAACUCUCGUUGACUUAGACAGAGAGACCGGACUUUGCAAUGGUUUUGCUCAGUUUGGGCGUACGGUGGCUUUGGAGAAGAUUACUGAGUUUCUUUCUCGUGGCAACAAGAGCUCGAAAUAGUUUAUCAGAAUUUUUUUUUUUUUU